UUUCAUUCCUGUUGCUAUAUAUACCCUUGCCAUUUGAUUCUGUGGUGCAUUAGAAUUGGUUUGGUUUGGUUUCCAUCCUGCAAAUGAAGGGGCAUGGAAUUGCAACUGGAUUUGUCUAUCUGCUUCUGCUUUGCCUCCUGCAUUGUGAAACAACAAGAAGUGAUCAAGAAAGGCCAUCAUCUAUCCCCAAAUUAUCAAGAAAAUUUUAUGCAUUCAAGAACUUGGAUGCAGACAUGCCUCUGGAUUCAUCCAACACAGACCCUUAUGUAAGCUCUCCCUUCUCCUUACCACCAUUCGAGUCCCUUCCUCCUUUUCCCUUGCCCCAAAAUGCCCCUCCCUAUUGCAUCUUCCCACCCGCCACAAUCCCAACCCCAUCCGCCGGCGGUGGAGGUGGCGGUGGCGGUGGCGGUGGCGGUGGCGGUGGCGGAGGCGGUGGCGGUGGCGGAGGUGGAAGCGGAGGCGGUGGGUACAACCCGCCGUCGCCUCCGGGAGCCUUCGAGCCCACAUUACCUACUCCGGGCUCACCGAUGAUAGGCCCAGGCCCGCCGGGUCCACCAAGCCCAUCUUUAAGCCCACCUUAUUAUGAGCCCAGCCCGCCAGGGCCCGGCCCGGGGUCGUCGGCGCCGACCCCACCUUACAACUUCCCGUCGCCUUCCGGGUCCAACCCGAGCCCAAGAUUCUUGCCGCCCAUUGUGUUCCCGCCCCCGGCGGUGCCGCCGCCGCCCCACCGAGCGCCGGUAUUGGCACAGUGGUGCGUGGCGAAGGCUUCCGUGCCUGGUCCGAUCAUCCAAGAAGCCAUGAACUAUGCCUGCGGAUCGGGAGCUGACUGCGACCAGAUUCUUCCGAGCGGAUCUUGCUUUCAGCCGGACACAUUGUUUGCACACGCGUCCUAUGCCUUCAACAGCUACUGGCAAAGAACGAAAACGGCCGGCGGCACCUGUGACUUUGGAGGAACUGCGAUUCUUGUCACCGUCGAUCCAAGUUAUGAUGGGUGCCAUUUUAUCUAUGGUUGAAGGCAGGGUGGAGGGGGGGAAGAAUAAUAUUAGGGUUUGGCUGCUGCGAUUAGUUAGGCAUAGCUUAUUUAAUUCGGUGUUCAUAUCGGCCACGAUUUUGUAAUCUAUAUGGACUCUUCUGGUGGGUGUGGGAAUUAAUUCAAUUUGCCCAUUUAUAUGUGUAAUUUUCGUUGUGAUGAGUAAAAGUUGAAUAUUGUUUUUGUGUGCGUAAAU